AUCGGAUCGAACGAAAAGCGCGCAAUGAUUCUUUGGGAAAAAAAAGGCGGAUCGGAUCGUUCGGAGUCAAUUAGGACCGAGCAAACAGAUUCAAUGCAAUUCGCGAUCGUCGUUCCCCGUUCAGUGUUGGAUGAGAAGAGAAGAGAAAACGGAGAUACAGUUUGAGCAGCGCGAUUCAUGCAUUCCGUAUCGUACGCCCGAUCUCACAAACUAUGGGGAGGACGUUUCAAGAGCAGCACCGAUCACCAACUGGAGCAGCUCAACGCUUCGAUCCACGUGGACAGACGGAUGUACGCCGAAGACAUCGUCGCGAGUCAAGCUUACGCGAAGACAUUGAACAGCAUCCAACUGCUGACCAACGAUGAGACGAGUAAAAUCUGCACCGGAUUGGAUCAGGUCAAGCAGGAAUGGGACGAGGGAUCCUUCAACAUCGUCAACGACGAGGACAUUCACUCGGCGAACGAGAGGAGGCUCAAGGAGAUCAUCGGAGAACCCGCGACGAAGUUGCACAUGGGUCGCAGCAGGAACGAUCAAGUCGCCACCGACAUGAAGCUCUGGUUGAGAGGAGCGUUGAAGAAGUUGGACGAGAAACUGCGGAAUCUGAUUGAGGUGAUGGUGAAUAGGGCGAGAGAUGAAAUCGAUUACUUGAUGCCGGGAUACACGCAUCUGCAGAGAGCGCAACCCGUUAGAUGGAGCCACUGGCUUUUGAGUCAUGCGUGGAACUUUAAGAGCGAUUGUGAGAAGAUCAAGGAUCUGCUGAAACGCGUGAACGUGAUGCCGCUGGGAAGCGGUGCGUUGGCGGGAAAUCCCUUCGACAUUGAUCGCAAUUUGUUGGCGCACAACCUGGGUUUCAGCGAUUUAACGCAGAACAGUAUGCAGGCUGUGGGCGAUCGAGACUACAUCGCCGAAUUCUUGUUUUGGGCCUCGUUGACCGGAAUCCAUUUGACAAGAUUGUCGGAAGAUCUGAUCAUCUACAGCUCGAAGGAGUUCAACUUCGUGGAGAUCCACGACUCGUUCUCGACCGGGAGCAGUCUGAUGCCGCAGAAGAGGAACCCGGACAGUCUGGAGUUGAUCCGCGGCGUCGGCGGAGGUCUUUUCGGGCAGUGCUGCAGCUUCAUGAUGGUCCUGAAGAGUCUUCCGUCCACGUACAACAAGGAUCUGCAAGGCGACAAGGAGGCGAUGUUCUCAUCGUUCGAUAAGAUGAUCUCGAUCUUGGACGUGGCGAGCGGCACUCUGGAGAGUCUCAAGGUGAACGCGUCCAAUUGCCACGAAGCUUUAUCGUUCGAUAUGUUAGCAACGGAUUUGGCUUACUAUUUGGUGAGGAAAUCGGUGCCGUUCCGCGAAGCCCAUCACAUCGCCGGUAAAGUCGUUUCAGCUGCGGAGGCGAGAGGAGUCGAGAUGUACGAUCUCACUUUGGAAGAGCUGAAAACCAUCAGUAAGCAUUUCGACGCGGACGUCGCCAAAGUUUGGAAUUACGUGAACAGCGUCGAGCAGUACGAGGCGAUCGGUGGGACAGCGAAGAACAGCGUCCUGCAGCAGAUCCAAACCUUAGAUUAUUGGCUCGAAGCAGGCUCUGCAGAUCUGUAAACAAAAACAACAAAAACAUUUGAAAAAAACAAAAUCAAUUACUUAAGUUGUCUAUCCUGUAAACAAUAAAUCGUACCAACUUA